AUGGCGGCAGGCCGGCUGAUGAAUGACCGCGAGUGGGAGCUCUUCUGGCAGCGACAGGACGCGCUGCGCCACGGAGGCCCCGACGCCACCAUCGAAUCGGAGAGUGAGGAGUCUGAUGAGACGGCGAGGCUUGCCGACGCCGAGAGGUUGGAGGGCGUCGCGCAGCUUGAGGAGGAGCCGGUGGCGGAGCCCGAGGCGGCGCCGUGCGCCGAGGCGCCUCUGGCGGCGGCGGCGCGCAGCCUCGUCAAUCGGAACAGCGGCCGCAGCAACCGCUGUGGCGCCUGCGAGGCGUGCCGUGCGCCCGACUGCGGCAUGUGCAAGGAGCUAGCCUCCCCCCCCGGGGCCAGAGUGCGAAAGAAGGCGUGCAUUCAGCGUGUCUGCCACAACGCGGCUGCGUUUGUGCCGUCUACGCCGGUGCCAGCGCCACCACCUCUGCCCGCCUUGCUGGCCACGACGGUUCCGGCGGCGCGGUUCGGCGGCGCCUUCGAGAGCAUGUACAAGCCGUCGAUCGACAUGUAUACUGCCUACCAACUCGCCGGCGUGCCGCCGCCGGCAGCGGCCCACGGCCUCCCCUUCCCUGACGCCCGCUGCCAAUGGCCGCUGCCCGGUGUGGUGAUGCGGGUGCCGCAGUAG